AUGGAUUACGCUCGAAAAAUCGGCAAAACCGACGAAGCUGAGAGUUGGAGAAGGCGAAUAGUGUCCAGCGUAAGUGUAUCCGACGGUAUGUUCGAGUCAGAUCAAAUCUUCUCCGAAGAUCCUCCACUGGUCAACUGGAAAGGAUGGUUAGCAAGACGAAGGAAACAGUACGAGCACAUCGAGUCGUCGACCGGUCGUCAUCGGACCGACCAGAUUAUAAAUACCUGCGAAACCAUUCGGCCACUGAUCGAAAUGCGAGAACUGAUGGAUUACGCUAACAUCUUGGAGCCGGUGCUUUCCACGAAUCUUCGCACUGUGCCGAAAUUUUGGAGAGCACCAAAGACACUGCCGAAUCAUGACAACCCUUGCUUACCGAUCGUCGCGGUCGCAGCUAGCAAAAAGGAAUCGGACAAACCAGAAUUAAUGUACGUAGAUUUGCCGGAGCUGAUAGAAAAGGAGAAGGACCUCGUUGGCUUGAAGACUAAGCAGCCGUUAUGGAAGCAAAGCCAGUACUUAAAGAGCCGAAAAUGCCAACUAUCGAAAGAAAUUCAGUCGCUUGUGCCGCACGAGCCGAAAACGAAACAUUUAACGAUCGAGGGUCACGGAUUCGCGAAGCCAAAAGCCAAAGAGUACAGAAGACUGCCGGUGAUAACGCUCUCCGACGCUCUAUUGGAGAAAGAUGAGGGAGAAGUCGCGUGUCAUCCGGAAGAGCUUCGAGACCAGACGAUCGCUUUAAGGAUCGAAGAUCGAGAUAUAGUCUGGGAGAAGUGCGCUUUCGAACUUGGCCGAACCGAUCCAAUCGUGUGGAACGUGUGCUUCUCUUCGCAAAUGAAUAAAAUGGUAGAAAAAGAGAUCAGAUUAGAGAACAAAGGCAACCGUGUAAUCAUUUACGAAUGGCGGAACGCGGUCUCUUUGCCGUCGAUGCUGCCGUUGAGAAGACGAGCGAGUCCGUUCUUUUUCAAUAAAACCAAAGGAGUGAUUCCGCCGGGGCAGAUCGUUGAUAUCAAAUUUUGGUACUUGCCUCGUAUAUCCGGCAUGACCUCCGAAGUCUGGAGGUUCAAAACUGACCCCGAAUUGUGCCCGUCGCCAUUCCACUUCCGCCUAUCGGGCUGCUCCGACACCGCGAUCGCGGAUCGGUCGGGUGCUGUUAAAUCUAGCGACGACGCCGACGUCGAUGAUUAUUUAGAUCAUUGCAUUCGGGAAGCGGCGAUACGAGAGAUACUGGAGGAGAUGUUCGAAAACAUGGACUAUGUGGAGCUGCCCGAACCGUUCUACGGCAGUCUGUUCUUAGAAUCGGAGGUCUUCUUAGCGAAGAAUCCUCUGUGCUUCUACCACCCGAGUCACGUGAUCGAGUUUCGCAAGCUUUAUCACACCGCGACGAAUCACAACGAACAGCAAUGGAAUUUAUGCAUAAGAGACCUCCGCGAGACGUUGACGAGCAUCCGGGAUCCGGAAACCAGGCAGGAUAUGCUCUUGCAGCUCAGUCGAUUGUACAAAGAAUGCCUAAAGCCUGCUCGUCGCGUCCCCCACAAUUACACCAAGCACGAAAUGGUGUCCAAUUUGCUCUGCGCGUUUUUCAAUCGUUUCGAGCACGAAAGUGCGCACGCGAAACUCGCUUGCUUUAAGAAGGAACGUAGAGAAUCUAUCGUUACGGUGUCGGAAAUGGGCAAUGGUAAAUCAACGACGUCGCAAAGAACUGUCAUAAGCAAUAAUUCACGGAACAGACGGGGAAGAAGAUCAUCUUCCCGCACGCAGAAUGCUCAUGUUCCAGAGGUUGCUAGAAAGAACUCUUACUUUAUACCCGAUGAUCGUGCUUACAAAGAGAUAUUUUUCAUCCGCAUUCAUUACCUGUUAGGAAAAAUGGUGGAUCAGGUCGUUGCUGCGGUUAAUUCGUUUAAUAACCUGAACGAGCCUGACAAAUAA